AUGUGUAGGGGAUUGGCUGCGUUGCCCAGUACUUGCAUCGAGAGGGCCAAAGAGAUGAAGGUUCACCUGGGACAUUUCCUGCACAAAUCGAAAUUACGAAAGCCCAGCACUGAGGACACACUAAAAGGAGGUCAAUUCUUCGAGAAGCUCCUGACUAACAAACGCGGCGUGGCUGCGUUCCGCUCCUUCCUCCGCUCCGAGUUCAGCGAGGAGAACAUCGACUUCUGGCUCGCCUGUGAGGAAUACAAGAACACAAAGACCGGCUCCAAGCUCACACUCAAGGCCCAGAAGAUUUACGAUGAGUUCGUCAGGGUCCAGGCCCCAAAAGAGGUUAACCUUGACUCACUGACCAGGGAAAUCGUUACCAGGAACCUAAGUGACCUGACCAGUUCCUGUUUUGAGGUGGCCCAGGAGAGAACGUACAGUCUGAUGGAGAAAGAUUCCUUUCCCAGGUUCCUGAAAUCAAACGUUUUCUUGGAAUUGCUUAAUGAUAUAUAA